GCCCCGCCCACUGAAGGCGGAGUCCCUGCAGAUCAGCUGCCGUGAUUCUGAUGCUCCGUUUCCACCGCAGUCUUCAUCCUGACCCAGCCGAACUGCGGUCCUCACGAUUCUGCAAAAUCCCGUCGUCAUGGCGUCCAGAACCAGAUGGGAUGCGGUGAAGGAGCGAGUAACCAGAGGUCCUGAUGACGACCCGGACGGAUCGCUGGAGGCCAACCUGGAGAACGCCGACCCGGAGCUGUGCAUCCGCCUGCUGCAGGUUCCCACCGUGGUGAACUACUCGGGUCUGCGGCGGCGCCUGGAGAAGAGCGACGAGCCGUGGAUGGUCCAGUUCCUGGAGCUGCAGGGUUUGGACCUGCUGAUGGCGGCGCUGGAGCGGCUGUCGGGCCGCGGCUGCGCCCGCAUCACCGACGCGCUGCUGCAGCUCACCUGCGUGUCGUGCAUCCGCAGCGUCAUGAACUCGUCCGCCGGACUCGACUUCAUCCUGGACAAUGAGGAGGGAUACAUCCGGACCCUGGCGCAGGCUCUGGACACGUCCAACGUGAUGGUGAAGAUGCAGGUGUUUGAGCUGCUGGCGGCGCUCGCCCUCUUUGACCCCCAGGGCUGCAGCCUGACCCUGGACGCCUUCGAGAACUACAAGACUCUGAAGAAGCAGCAGUAUCGCUUCAGCGUCAUCAUGAACGAACUGCAGGCCACUGACAGCGUCCCCUACAUGGUCACCAUGAUGGCCGUCAUCAACGUCCUCAUCCUGGGACAGGAAGACCUGCACAAGAGACAGCGACUCAGACAGGAGUUCAUCGGGCUGCAGCUGCUAGAUCUGCUCCCCAAGCUGAGGUAA